AUGGGGAUGCUGAAUACUUGGGCCAACUUUAGAACUCGUUUUCUGGAGAAGUACUUUCCAGAUACGGCGAGACAAGACAGGGAGGCUGAAUUCCUAGCAUUUCAACAGGGAGACAUGACAGUGCAGGAGUAUGUGAACAGAUUCGAGCACUUGGCGAGGUAUUCCUCACAGAACAUCACGGAAGAGUGGAAGUGUUUAAAGUUUAAGCGAGGACUCAAACUUGAGCUAAAGAGGGUGGCAAAGAGUGCGGAGCACCUUGAGAAGGGCCCCGGUUCAGUUGUGAGUCGACAUCAGAAAAAUGUCGCUGAGGCUAGGCAGAUGAAAAAGCCUUAUAGCAGAUCACAGACAUCCCAGGGUCCUUCUUGCUACCAGUGUGGUGGACUCCAUCUGAAGAGGAACUGUCCUCAGUUGGCAGGCGGAGUAGGAGGGUCAGGCGACCGUCGCAAAUGUUUUAUAUGCGACAAACCGGGACACUUCGCCAACAAUUGCCCAGAAAAGAAGAGUCUUGGCACGAAGAAACCAGCAGCAUCGCCAACAGAGCGAGCUAGGGCAGCAGGCAGAGUCUUUGCCCUGACCACCACCGAGGCUAUACAAUCGGGUAAUCUUAUUCUUGAACCUUGUGUGUUGUUUGGUAAAGUAGUACUGGUGUUGUUUGAUUCUGGGGCAUCCCAUUCCUUUAUUUCUAAUGCGUGUGUGGGGAGAUUGAAUUUGGUGACACGCGAUUUGGGAUGUGAGUUGCUUGUUUCAACUCCCUCCUCAGGUCAAAUGGCUACCAGUUCAGUCUGCGUUGGGUGUUCAAUGGAAGUGGCAAGUCGCAGAUACAAAAUGAACUUGAGGGCGAUAAACGAAGUAGAAGCCGGAGCCACCGGCUUUAUGAUAGUGGCCCAUGCAGAGAAGAAUAACACCACCGAGAAGAUCAGUGUGAUUCUAGUAGUGGAGAAGUAUGUUGAUGUAUUUCCAGAUGAAAUACCCGAGUUGCCACCGAGUAGGGAUGUGGAUUUUUCCAUCGAUCUCAUCCCUGGAGCUGGCCCAGUGUCCAUGGGGCCCUAUAGAAUGGCCCCAACGGAGUUGGUUGAGUUGAAGAAGCAAAUAGAAGAUUUGCUUGAGAAGAAGUUCAUCCGUCGGGAUGUACAUGCAGAUAAUCUGAGAGUGGUGUUGGGAAUUCUCAGAGAGCAUAAACUGUAUGGGAAGUUGUCAAAGUGUGAGUUUUGGCUGGAUGAGGUACAGUUCUUGGGUCAUGUAAUCUCAGCCCAAGGCAUAGCGGUGGACCCAGCGAAGAUUGAGACAGUGGUGAAGUGGGAGAGACCACAGACAGUUACUGAGGUGAGGAGCUUCUUGGGUCUGACAGGUUAUUACAGGCAGUUUGUGGAGGGGUUCUCCAAGAUGGUGAGUCCCUUGACUCAACUCACUAGAAAGGACCAGCCUUUCUCUUGGAUAAACGAGUGUGAAGUCUGUUUUGAGGAUAUGAAGAGGAGAUUAACCACUGCACCAAUACUGGCUAUUCCGGACACAACCAAGACGUUUGAGGUGUAUUGUGAUGCUUCAUACCAGGGUCUAGGUUGUGUGUUGAUGCAGGAGAAACGGCCUAUUGCUUACACAUCUCGUCAGCUGAAGGUAUUCAGUGAUCACAAGAGUUUAAAAUACUUGUUUGAUCAGAAGGAAUUGAAUAUGAGGCAGAGGCACUGGAUGGAAUACCUGAAGGACUACGACUUUGAGUUGUUAUACCAUCCUGGUAAGGCUAAUGUUGUAGCAGACGCGCUGAGCAGGAAGAAAGCUCAUGUGUCGGCUAUGAUGAUUAAAGAGUUGGAGUUGAUUGAGAAACUACGAGAUAUGAAUCUGGGAUUAGAUAUGGAGGCAGGUCACAUACGGUGUAGCAUGUUGAGGAUCACUAAUGAGUUCCUGGAUGAGGUUCGGGUGGAACAGGGUAAGGAUCAGGAAUUGUAG